UAUUAUGUUUAGUGAAAAUUGUUCUUUAAAUAUUAUAAGAGUUUAAUUGUAUAUUUUAAUUAAACAAAUGGUGACUAUAUAAGCGGAUAAAAGAGUUAAAAAGAAUAAAUAAUUGUGAAGAUGAAAAAAAAUAUUGUGUUUGCAUACAUUCUGAUGAUGUAGUUCAUGCGUUAUUCACUGGUCCUAAAAUUUACAGAAUUUAAAUUCAAAGGACAUAAUAUAUAAAUAUAUAAUAAUUUUAUAUAAACUAAUGAAACCAUAUGUAUUAUAAAACAUAUAAAAUAGAUUUGCUUAUAAAUGGAGUAGAGCUAAUGCUAUUGGAAGUUCUUCAGAAUAAUAAUAUUAAAUACAAUAAAGGAGGAACGUAAUCAAUAGAAGUAAGAAUGUCGUUUAUUAAUAACUUGAAAAAAGUUUUCCAUUUGGGAGGAGGAGAAGCUAAAAAGAAACGUCAUGGCAAUAACAUAAAAAUGGACACUGAUCCCGCUGAAAUUUGGGAAAUUGUUGGCGAGCUCGGAGAUGGAGCAUUCGGAAAGGUUUAUAAAGCUCUAAACAAAGAGACUACACAAUAUGCUGCUGCUAAAAUGUGUAUUUUAGAGGCUGUGGCAGACCUAAGCGAUCAUAUGGUGGAAAUUGACAUAUUGUCAGAAAUUAAGCAUCCAAACAUAGUUGAACUUUAUGAAGCUUUUUACAUAGAUCUUAAAUUAUGGAUGCUUAUUGAAUACUGCGAUGGUGGAGCACUUGAUAGUAUAAUGGUUGAGUUGGAAAAACCACUUAAUGAACCUCAGAUUGCAUAUGUUUGCAAACAUAUGACAGAAGGUUUAGAUUUUUUGCAUAAAAAUAAAGUUAUUCACCGUGAUUUAAAGGCCGGAAAUGUCUUACUGACGAUGGAAGGCGGAGUUAAAUUGGCUGACUUUGGGGUAUCGGCCAAAAAUAAACAUACACUUCAAAAACACGAUACCUUCAUUGGGACCCCUUAUUGGAUGGCACCGGAAUUAGUCUUAUGUGAGACGUUUAGAGACAAUCCUUAUGAUCAACAAGUUGAUAUAUGGUCGCUUGGAAUUACAUUAAUUGAAUUGGCUCAAAUGGAACCCCCUAACAGCGAAAUGUCGCCAAUGCGAGUUUUACUUAAAAUUCAAAAAAGCGAUCCGCCAAAGCUAGAUCAACCAUCCAGGUGGAGCAAAGAGUUUAAUGACUUUUUAAAAAAUUCUCUUGUUAAGGAUCCACAACAAAGACCAUCUACUGAAGCGUUGUUGCAACAUGCUUUUAUUAAUCGCGAAAUAGACGCUAAACCCAUAAAAGACCUCUUACUGGAGUAUAGAGCGGAAGUGGUAGAAGAAGUGGUUGACGAUGAGACAGAGGAACCCCGCAACUCAGCGCUUCCACUAGAGCUGUACGAUGAUUCUUCGUCGUUACAAAGUCAAGAUAUUGAUAAAUUACCAGGCACUCCCACCUCUUUAUCGAGAGACACUAAAGAGCAGUCUCAACCUAACAAUUUACAAAAUGUACAACAUUCAGUUAACGAUAUUUUGGCUGAACAAACUUCAACAACAAUAAAGACUAAUAAUAAACUAAUAAUCAACGAGGAAGAGGCAGAAUUAGAAAAGGGUGUUAGUUCAUCUCCUUUAGUUUUAAAGAAACAACAGCGUCAACCACAAUUACAAAAGAUUCCAGAAGAUUUAAGCAUUGUUGAUCCGGAAGUACAAUCUAUUCAAAUUUCCAUGGAAGGAGACAAAAAGAUUCCUAAAAGAGAAAAAGGAAAGGCACCACCUCCACCUGCUAUUACUAAAGCAAAAAUUUCGACAUCAUCAGAUUCCGCACCCAAUACAGAUAGUCAAGAAGUUGCUAUGCUAGUAUCAAAUAACAAUUCACACGAUAUUAAUAUCUCAUCUGAAAACGUAUUCAAGGAUGAGGAAUCUAAACAACCACCUUCUCCCGCAUCAUCAACUUCGACCGUUUCAGUGAAAUCUGUGUCAUCUUCGAGUAAAAGUUUAAGUGCAACAGGGACCGGUUUGAGUUCUAGCACCUCGAUGGUAACAAUUAAUAGCGAUAUGUCGUCAACAUCUCCUCCGCCAUGUCAAUCUGAACAAUUAGUUAUUCCACAAAAUGUACUACCAAAUAGUUUAGAGUCUGGAAGAAGUCAAAUAACAGUUGUGACGAGUACACAUCCUCCCGUUAUUAUUGACAGUUCUUUAAGUCUUCCAUUGCAACCCCAAAAUGAUGUUAUUAUUGUGUCCAAUAGCCUUAACAAAACUAUGCAUAUAAAUGAAUCAUCAACAGAUGAAGAUUACCCUUCAAUGGAUGAUAGCAUUGGUGUCUCUUCGCCAUCAUCAUCGCAGAAGCAAUCUACAAUGAUUGUUACAUUGUCGAAUGAAGGUGCUUCAAUAGAAGAAAUUGAUAAACCCUACACACAUCGUAAAAUCGAAACCCAAGGUAGAAAAUUGGAUGAGAGCGAAGUGUUAAUAGUAAGUCCAUCAUUUACAAACGAAAAUGAUUCUGCUUAUAAUACUCCUUCGGAAGGACUAACUGAACAGAACAGUGCGCUGCAACUUAUGGAUACAAGUCACGUAUCUGUUGUGACUGUAGGUGAUGAAAUACGAGUAAAAGACAGCAGUCAUUUACAUAAUAGUCCUAUUAAUCAUACUAAUUCAUUUAUUGAGGAAGGAGAUAUAUUAGAAAAAGGAAAUAAUGGACAAAUGUUCAACAGUCAGCAGCAGCACUUUAUUGACACAGAUGAUAUUAAUGUUAUUGUCAAUCGUAGUAGAAAGCAAGAUCAACCAGUAUCCCAACCAGGCGAUGGAAGUGAAAGUGAUUCUAUACGAUCAAGCACAGGGAGUGGAAAUCGAAUUGUUCGCCGUGGUACAGAGGUUAAAAUUGCUGUUUCUGCAGAUAAAAGUGAUGCAGAAAGUAUUUCUACCACAGCUAGUCAUGAUAGUCGCAUUGAAGUUGAAGUCGAUAGAAAAGAGAUCCAAGAAGACGAUGUUAUCAUUCGUCGUAAGAAACCUGCUGCUGGUUAUAAGAGUGGUUAUAGUGGAGCCCCAGGACCUACUAAGGAGGAAAUAGAAUUAAGAAAUAUACGAAAGAAAACAAGGAAACGUACUCGUAAAUUUGAAAUUGAUGGUGUUCAAGUAACAACAACAACAAGUAGAGUUAUUUAUGGAGAUGAAGAGACAGGUGGCUUUUAUGACGACCACGUAUUUCGUAAACAAGAGUUACGAGAGUUGAAGAUGCUUCAGAAACAGGAGAAAAAACAACAAACUGAUUUGCAACUUAAAGAGCAAAUAAGCAAAGAACAACAAGACCGAAGAUUUGAUCAGGAACGAACGUCUCUAGAAAAGACUUAUGAAGCUGAUAUGGACGCUCUUGUGCGACAACACAAGCAAUUGGUUGAAAAAACAGAACAAGCUCAAGAACAUGAACUACGUUCAUCUUCGAAGCGUAUUCGAGCGGAGCAAGAAAAGGAGCUUAAAAUAUUUCGUGAAAAUCUUAAGCAGGAGAUUCAUUUGCUUAAACAAGAAGUGGAUCUACUACCAAAGGACAAACGCAAAGAUGAAUUUAAACAACGGCGAUCAGCAAUGGAACUAGACCACGAAGAAAAAGAGAGGACAUUUUUAGAUUCCCUGAAAGAAAGACAUGAGUUGCUGUUGCGGCGAAUAAGUGAAAAACAUCGCGAUCAUCUUGCCACAAUACACAGAAACUUUUUGCAACAAAAGCAAAAUGCAAUGCGAACGCGCGAAGCACUUCUUUGGGAGCUUGAAGAAAAACAGCUUCAUGAACGUCAUCAACUAUCAAAACGUCAUGUUAAAGAAAUGUGUUUUAUGCAACGUCAUCAAAUGAUUGUUCGCCACGAAAAAGAGCUUGAUCAAGUAAAGCGAAUGCUACAGCGCAAAGAAGAAGAUCUUAUCAAAAAGCAAGCUCUAGAAAAGAGAGCUUUACCAAAACGAAUUCGCGCAGAACGAAAAGCACGCGAGUUAAUGUUCAGAGAGUCACUACGAAUAUCUUCAAAUCUUGAUCCUGAAGUUGAACGUGAACGAUUAAAGAAGUUCCAAGAACAGGAUAAGAAACGAUACACUCAAGAAGAACGACGUUUUGAAAUAAAGCAUCAAAAACAACUUGAAGAGUUGAGAGCAACUAGAGAAAGCACAAUAAGAGAACUGGAGCAACUACAGAAUGAAAAAAGGAAAGCUUUGGUAGAACACGAACAUGCUAAAUUAACCCAAAUAGAUGACCGCUUGAAAACAGAACUUCGAGAGUGGAAAGACCAAUUAGUACCACGUAAACAGAAUUUCAUAAAAAUGGUUAAUGUCAUGUAUGAUAAGUUUGAAAAACGAUACAGCAUUGCGACAGAUCGAAAGAUAUUAGAGGAUGAUUUAGAAACGUUAAUGAAAUUACCACCACACUUGGUUGGUAUUUUUAAUGAGACGCCUCGUUUAGUACCCAGGGGUAUUUUCUUGGGCAAUUUAAAUCAAAUGGCUCGAUCGAGAACUCUAUCAAUGUUUUCUUCUAAUAUAAGUUCUAAUUUCCGUGGUUCUGUACCGGAUUUAAGCCGAAGUGUACCGACAACUCCAAUGUUUAUGUUUAAACAUGACCGAGUAAAGUUGGUUGACACUUUAAAGAACAGUUCUUCAUCAAUGUAUCGACACCCCAACAGCAGUAAUAAAUGCAUAUUAGAAACAACUUCCACUGUAAUGACUAAGCCGUUGGAUCUGGACCAAAGGUCGUUCAUGGGAGAGGAGAAUGAUAAAAUAGUUGAAAUAAAAACUUCGUCAUCUCUCUCUGCUGAUAAGAACAUUAACAAGGAAAAUCCACCAAUAUUAACAACAUUUAGAUCCUCAAGUUCUCCGACUUCCACCAUGAUUUGCGAAAGUCGUGAUGACAUUGUAUUUGACAGAUUUUCAAAAACAAAUGAAGAAUUAGUACAAUUACGAAAUCAGCCCAAUUCCCUAUUGCACUCCUCAUCGUCGUUUAUCAUUAAGCGACCAUCCUAUCUACCAGAACGAAAUACAACAAUGGUUAAUUCACAUUCGAUCCAUAACCUUCGAAAAAUGUCUUUAGAAAAUUGUGUACAACCGCUGGAUUCAAUAAGUUGUUCUGAUAUAAAAUACCCAAAUAUAGCUGGACAAAAGGCUGCAGCCCUUCUUGCUGAGGUACAACCAUCACUUCGAGCAUCAACAAAAUGCGAUAGUACUUCCAUUGAUACCGAAGAAUCAUAUGAUGGAUUAAUGUUGCAAAAGGCUCCGAAAUAUGCAAUACCAAGAGUAAUUACCAAUGCAAGUGAAAAACGGGACCCAAUUAAUAUGGACUCAUCCGCUGCGUAGUCAACAAAAUAUAUAAUCUUAUUCAUGUAAUAACAAUUCAGUUAAGCGCUUGGAGGAGUCCUUUCUUAAGCAAAUGGAAGAAAUGGAAUCGUUGUAUGGUGGAACACUCGUUGUAACAAUGCCAUCUGAUCCUUUGCAACGAGAUCAUUUUACAGAAUCUACACGUAGCAGUCUCUCAUCAUUUU